AUGGCGGCCCGGGAAGCGGCGGCACCGUCGGUCUUUGAUUCCCGUUCGCUCUUCGAUCUGCCGCCGGAUUUCUUCGAAUCGUGCCGCCUGCUCUCCGACCCUCGCGAAAUCCCUGCCGCGCAGCCCGAGACGCAUAUUCUUCCCUCGGAAACGACCGCGGAGGAGGGGAACGGCGAGCUCAAAACGGCGGGGCCGGCGAGCGUCGGUAGGCUCGCGUUGGCUUGGACUUGCCAUACAUGCAAAAUGGAGUUCGAGUCGCUCCAGGACCAGCGGUUACACUUCAAGUCUGACCUUCACCGACUCAACGUAAGGUCCCUGUUGUGCUUCUGCUAUUUUUAUUUCAACGUAUAAGUCUUAAACUCCUUGCGCUCUGAGAUUGAAAAUUCGAUAGGAUGGAGAUGCCCAUUUCUUGUUCAUUUUGUCUUUCAAAUUUUGUGGAAUUUUUGUAUUCUGUAUUCUUCUUACGAUUUGAGGCGGACAGAAUGGACCUACUCAGGUAAUCCGUUGUGAGAAUUUAUACCGGGCUUCAUGUAUACAGCACUGACAUCAAAAUAUUCAUCUUAGAGAUGCUACGUUAGCUGGAACUUUACUCGGGCUCAUUUCGACAGAGUUCCUUCUUGUUUAGUUUUCUUCUUUUCAUGAUCGAAUGGUUUUAAGGUAUGAAUUAUCUCCGUCGCUCUUCCAGGGUGCUUCUUAUCAAGAUGUCAUUUUGUAUCCUAUCAAUAUUAUUUUGCCAAAUGUUUGCUUUCAGCUGAUUGUAUUCUUUUCGCUUCUUAUUUCUUUCACUUCUGGUUUUCAGCACCACACAUGGCCUAUUAUAUUCUCCAACUUAUUUACGUUUGUGCUUAGGUCAAGCUCCAAAUUUCCGGGAGGAAUGUCAUCAAUGAAGAGGACUUUGAUGAGCUCGGUUGUGCGUCUUUGUCCAAUGAUUUUGAUGUAUCUAGCAUAUCGGGUUCAGAAGAGGAAUUGGAUGAUGUACCAGUCUCAAAAAUCAGCACUCGUGGACAAGAAAGAGUUGUCAAGCAAAAAUUAUAUAUCCGUCUCCAGUCUGGUGGCAUAAUUUCCCUUUGGAAAUGCUUGCUUUUGGAUGAUUCCGAGGAUAUUUCAUAUGGAAAUCUCCAAUCAGACUCUAAGGAAACUGUCAAAUGCACGGUUACUGAAAAUGAGCUAAUCAGGAGAUUGAACCGCUUAACUCAAGAACCUCGAGAUAAAACUCAAUUGAGAACAGUGUUGCUCGCAUGCGGUGGGCAUUUUGCUGGCUGUAUCUUUGACGGCAACUCUGUCAUAGCUCACAAAACGUUCCACAGGUAAAUAGUUGAAUUAGCAUUUAGAUAAGUUGCUGGAAAAAAUCGUGCCUUUUAAUGUAUGUUUUGUUUUUCAUCUCCUUUUAAAAAAAAGCUCAGAGCCAUUAUCAUCUAUUAUUGCCUUCAAUGAGAUUUUUCUUCUCUUUUGCUGAGUAUCAGCAUGCAAUUAGUUAUAAUCGACAAACAACAUGAUUUUUGAAGUAGGCUCAUUUGUAAAUUAAUGUGAUCUCUUGUCAAGUUCAUGCGUGCCAAAAGUAUCUAUAGAAGCAUGCUAUAUUCAGAUAGCAACCAGAUAAAAAACUGCAUCACGAGAAACCAAAUAGGACUUAUGAUCUUAGGAAUGACAUUCAUUGGAAAAGGUACAGUCUGAUAUUUACAUGUCAUUCAUAGUACAGGAAGAUAUCAGGCAGUGAAAUCAAGUAGAUUGUCUAUCUCAAUAACAUCAGAACGAGUCAUUGCAAACACUUCUUUCACGUGUAUUUAAAAGCAUUUUCUGUGUUUGUUAUUACUUCACUCUUCUUAGUGGGAAAAUAACCUUUAGUUGGUUCAUCUUUUCUAAAACAAUUUGCCUCCUUAAAAAUACCUUACAGUAAAAUAAAUCUAGUACUGUUUGCCUUUGCCACCAUCUGGCAAAUCCGCAGAGUGUCUGUGACAAACCCCAUUCGGCCAUCCCAUGGUCGAGUAUAUUUAUACUCGCUUUGACUAAUUUCAUGUUUUUCUUCUUUCCCACGGUCCAAUGGUUUUUGAUCUCCUCCUCUUCUUAGAAACUCCCACAAACAUGAUGAUCAUAUCUCUUGACAUGUGCUCCCAUCGGUCCUCUUUGCACAGGAGUAAGCCAAAAGUUUUCUUCUUUUUUUCGUAUUUUCAGGCGGCAGAACAGAAUUUGUUUGUUACGUGACUUUCUCAUCGUGUCAAACCUUGCCUUUUCUCGUGAAACCUUCUGUGGACUGUAGUUGGUGCAUUUUCCGACAUUGAAUAUUCCAUCCAUUAUAUUUUCUUGUCUGUUGAUUGGAAAUGCUUCUUGUCCAAAUGUUUCUCUUUGUUGGAACUCUUUUCCUCGUGGAUCGAGGAUGGCCAUAUUUAAAGCGGGUUGUUUCAGUUCUCUGCAUUCUCUAUAUUUAGUAGAGGUUCUGACACCAUCACACCUCAAUGAACUCUCCAAGAAAAUUACCUCACAUCCCACAAUUCCCCCUGGCCAACUGUGUGAGAGAAACAGGCUCUCGAAACUCGAAGUUCUGUAACUGUUAUUUCUCUAGUAGCAAGAUAAAAGGUUUGUUUAUUGUUAACUCUGUUUGUGAUGUACUUUAUGCGCACACCGAUUACUACGUUUCUUAUUUAUACUGUAGAGUAGCUCUGCCGUGUAUUCACACCCCUAAGUUUUGUAGAUCUACAAGGAAAUUUGCUUUUACUAUGGUUUUACAGAUAUGUUGUUCGGGCAAAGGCUGGGAAGAAACAGUCUGCUAAAGAUGCCACUGGAAAGGCUGCAAGUUCUGCAGGAUCUUCUCUCCGGCGAUACAAUGAAGUUGCACUUAAGAAGGUUUUUCGAUUAGCUAAUGUUUUGUAUGUAUGCUAUAUAUUGUGCGAAUCGGCUUUGUAGUAUGUUCAAUGACCAAUGGGUACAGAAGAUUUUAUUGGUUAAUCCACCCCUUGGCACAUUUAUGUGAGAUAUCAAAUUAAUCAAUUGGAUUUUAAUUAUUUUCAUUGCAGAAUUUUCUGAACUUCUCACUAUCUGUAUCUAAACAAUGUGACUGGAUGGUGCUGGUCCCAUGGAAGCAUAACCAUCCCAAGUGUGCUGGGGGUUUGGAUUGACCUUUUAAAUAGUCUAAGAACAGAGCAAAGUAGCACACAACACACAUUCUUCUCAUUGUUUGGCCUACCGCCGACAUUAACUCUUGCCCUUUGGCUCCACUCAUUUAUGAAAAUAUUACUCCCCAUUGCAUGGCUCCAGCCACCCAUCAUUGUUUCAUGACUCUGUAAAGCCAACCUUCUUGUUUUCAUUAUACAACUGAUACCCAAGUGACCAUAACUCACAUAAACCUAGACACCUAGGCUCUUCGGCACUGGACAGAACAAAGAAGUUUAUUAAAUAAACUUAGCUGUCAUCGAGUUGUUCAAUUGUUUAAUCUAGUUUCCAGUUUCCCUUGCUGUGGAUUUUCUGGAGUUGCCUAUUUUAAUACGAAGAAGGUUUGACACUUGCUCCGUACAAUUUCAGGUCCUUCCUCUUUUGUCAUGUUCUAUUUAAAUGGUCCAAUAGUUCUUGAGAAUGUUAGGGAGUCAAUACUAAAAUUAGCAGGGUGACAAAGAAGACUGUUGGACAAAGAAACCUUGACUAGUUUUCAUUAUACAUGUGACAGCUAGGUUCUAUAUUAUUAAAAGAGUGUUAAAUUGUAGCUUUAAUCGUGUUUAAGCUCCAGAAACUACUUCUUAAAAUCAUAAAAAAUCGUAUAGGACAUUGUUUGGCACAAUUCUUUCGCCAUAUUGAAUCUAAAAUCAAUAUUUAUAAAUCUCAGGCUCAUCAGAAGAUCAGGAAACUGGAAUCUGUUUGUCACCGGUUAAUUUCUCUGCACAUCAAAAUAAUAUUAAGCUUUUAUCAUACAUAAUGAUGUAUAUGGCUCUAGAUGCUAAUCCAACUAUACUUUUGAUCAACCAAAUUUCUUUUUUCACCAUUAAAUUCAAGGGUUCGACACGCAUUAUCUGGUUGCCAUUGACUUCCUAUAGCGUUACAAUCAUCAAGUCCUCUUUGCCGUAUCCUGUUCUUGAGUUUAUGGCAAUCAAAUACUCGAUUCUUAUUUCUUUAAGUUCUUCCUAUUUUCAGGAAAUUCAUGAAUUACUUGCGACUUGGAAGCCUUAUUUUGAUGCAUCAUCAUCCAUUUUUAUUUAUGCUCCUUCAAAGAAUCAUCAGUUGCUUUUCGAGGGAGAAAAACUACCAUCUGCCCACCUGGACUCUGCAGUUCGCCAUAUCCCUAUCACAGUCCGCAGGCCCACUUUUAAGGAAGCUAAACGAAUCUAUAGCAUGUUGACCCACAUAGCCAACGAAGGCAACGAGGAAAAACACUCUCCCAUUCUAGAAGUGGAAAAGACCAGACAAGAAGCCGGGGAAGAAAGCUCCACCAUGAACCCAGAGAGCAAAGACACUAUCUCCGAAGCCAAUCAGCGUCCAGAGAGCUCUGGUUCUGAAUCCCCGGCCGCAUACAAAGAAUCUGACAAAUCGAUUCCUGACGGAGGAACACCUUUACACGAGGCUGCAAGAUCAGGCGAUGAACAGCGGACGCUGGAGCUUCUUGAGCAGGGCCUGGAUCCAUGCGUGAGAGAUUCACGGGGACGAACUCCUUACAUGGUAGCAUCAGAGAAGGAAGUUAGGAACACUUUCAGGCGUUUCAUGGCGCUGAACCUCGAUAAGUGGGAUUGGCAUGCCGCCAAUGUUCCUAGUCCGCUCACCAAAGAAAUGGAGGAAUCUCAGGCAGCAAAGCAGGUGCUACGCCCUCUUAUCUGUUCCUUUUCAGUGCAUGGGGAUGUGAGAUCAACCCAGAUAUAAUAGUGGUUUGACUUGCUGUUUCAUUCAUUAAUUCUGAUUUAAUAUAUUUCUUUACUGUGAUUUCAAGUGGUUAUAGAUGAUAUGAAAUAUUUGUUUACUGCUUCCAAAACCCCUCUCAGAAAAGCUAAUCGUUCAGAUGUAUUUUAGAUUAAUACUCAUAU